AUGGGCGACACGAUCAUCACGACCAAAGUGUAUGGGAGUGGACGGGUGAGGGAGAAGAAGAAAAGGGAGCGAAACAGGCAGAAUCUUGUUCCCCGUGCCGUCAAGCUUUGUUUCCGAGUGGACCAGUUCUUGGGGCGGGAGGGAGCGAGGGACAACGCGUCAGCCAGGGGCAGCAGGGGAAAACCUACCUGUUGGAGGAAACAUGAACAUCAAGAACUUAAUGGUUGUACAGUGAUUAAAAGAGUGAUAAGCGCGAUGUUGAAGGCUGGAUUGAAGUGGCAAGCAAAGAUGGAAAAAAAAGGGAAAGAAAAAAAAGGUGUAAUGCGGAACUCGAAACCAGGCGAGUGA